ACUAUCCAACCCAAACACCAAAGCCCUAUACAUCCCAGUGACAUGCUGCUGCUGCUGCUGAUACACCCACAAUCCCCAUCACAUACUCCAUCCCUGCAGCCUCACACAAAGGACGCAUCCAGAUACGUGCACACAUCCUCUUUAAUGAAUUAAUGUCAAUGAGUUUUCUGCAGCUUCCCUCCCACUAGACAAAACCCACACAUCUUGACCGGAGCAGGAGUCAUCUGGGAGCCGUCUUGGGAGGUGGCUUCAGAAGAGCUGUCACAGGUGGAGAGAUGCUGCUGCUGUGCCUAUGGCUUGUGUAGAGAAGGGAGGUGUCUGAAGGAAGCAGCUGCCCUCUUUCCUCCAGCCUCACCCGCUGCUGCCAGACAAGCAGAGAGACUGCUGCUGCUGCUACACUUGGAUGCGUUUUAUGUCCCGGAUAGCCACAGUGAAAGGAGGCUAUAGAUCUGCACUGGGGCUGCAGGAUUUGCAUGUGGUGAUUAAAGACAUACCAGGGACGUUUAACUAUCUCCAGACUGCGCCUAGAGGUCUGUUCUCUUGUUUUGGAAGCAGCCACAAGUCUGAAAUAUUGUUGGCAAGUUUUGAAGGGGCGUAACCACACAUCUACACAACAAAAAUAAAGCAUGUUGGGGAGAUUAUACACAGCAGCAGAGGAGCCAAUAAUGUGAUCUUACUGCAACAGAAUCUUUGAGUUUGAUUAUUUCACUGUGUGUUGUCCGCUUAAACCUCAUCAGUAUGCCCGCUAAGACACCAAUUUACCUGAAGGCUGGAAACAACAAAAAGGGUAAAAAAUUUAAAUUAAGAGAUGUGUUGUCCUCAGACUUGAUCAGCCCACCCUUAGGAGAUUUUCGGCACACGAUACACAUUGGAAAAGAUGGUCAGCAUGAUGUAUUUGGUGAUAUCUCUUUUCUUCAAGGUAAUUACGAGUUGUUGCCUGGUAACCAAGGGAAACCAAGAAACGGACAUUUGAAUGGCCACAAUGAAUUCUUUAGGGCAAAUAGCACUUGUGACUCAAUGUUUUCAGAAACAUCUUCACCUGUUCUUAAAAAUGCAAUAUCCCUACCAACAAUUGGCGGAUCACAAGCAUUAGUCCUUCCCCUGUUAUCUGCUGUGACUUUUAAUUCCAAAAGGGACUCCUACAGCCCUUCUAAAUCACCCAGACUUAGCUGUGAGCCAGUGUUAGAGGAAAAGUUGCUGGAGAAGUGUGAGCCUUAUGAAAACCGGCAUCAGUUUGACAGUGGAAGCUCAUGGAAGGUCAGCGGUUCCACAUCAUGCUCUACAAAUGGAAGGUCAAGCCAUUCUUCCAGCCUCUCUGAACAGUACAGUGACUGGCAAGGAAUUGACUUAUUUGAAGACAGCCAUAUUCCAUGUGAAAUUGAAAAUACUGAUUUAAAAUCAGACGAGUCUCUUUCUGACUUGGCCGGAUCUCUCCUAACACUGCAGCUUGACUUGGGUCCUUCUUUUUUGGACGAGGUUCUUCAUGUAAUGGACAAGAAUAAGCCAUAAACCAAUUUAUUGACAGUGCUUAUGGUACAUAUGGUACACAGAUAACAUCCGAUAACCAUAACAAUCAGCAAAACUUCAAUAUUCUUUUUCAUUUGUUGGGUGUAUCUUAUUUACACCGGGAAUACUUUUUUUUUCAUGGUUAGUAGCAAUACUGGAGUAUAAAACUUAAAUAUCUAAUAUGUAACCAUUGUACAUUUGAAGUUACUAUAUUUAGUAGAACGUACAGUGGUAAUGAUUCUUUUUCAAAGCUGAUGGACCUUCUGUGAAUGGUAAUUUAUGUGGAUAUUGUUUGGUAACCUGCAGAUCCAGAGACCCAAGUAAUUUCUCAAGGGCUUCUAUGUGACAGUAUACCUAAGAACUCCAUAACCUUUAUCAUAUUACUUGUUUGGCCCUCUAUGUGUGGGUUCCAGAUAUGCAAUAUCAUCACCCACCUUAUAAAGCAUCGGACAGCACUCUUGUGCUAUCAACAAGCUCUUGUGCUAUUACCAAGAAGGUCUAUAAAUGUAGACCCUUAUAAGGAAAGUAUACAUGUUAUACUGUACAAUUGAGGGCAGUUUGAAUAUCUGUUUGUGACUGCAGAUAUUUCUGUUUUGCCUACUUGUAUUUUUUCUACUAGUGGAAUGUUACUUUUUAUUAUAUACUGUUUUUUUAGAUGCCGACCUCAUCAGCUUCCGUAAUGUGUCUUUACGUUUUUUUAUUUUGAUAAACAAUUUGAUACCGAGCUUUAAGCUACACAAAAUAUUGCAAUGAUGAUAAUUAAAUUAUUUAUGUUCAGUAUCCUUUUAUGUGCCUUUGUAUUUACAGCAAAGUUUGUAUUUUCUACAUACGGCAUCACCAUUUUUAUUGCUUGCAGAUUUGCAUUGCAGGUUUAUUGUAUAUUUUUGUGAGUGUUCAUGAAAAUGUGUAUCAUAGUUUUUUUUUUUUGUUUUACUUAUCUAAGUUCUUCAGAUGCUUAAACUUCUUUGUUCUAUUUGUUAACAGAGCACUGGUUUCUCACAUUGAUACAGUACAUAGGAUAAAUGCGUACCUUUUUGGUUAAAAUGUAAAUAUAAAUCAGUAUUUAUAGAUUUUAGGGAGAAAAAGGGAAACUGUACUCUAAUGAAUAAGUGGACCAUUUUAUUGAAUACAAAAAAUACUCCGCAAUAGUCCAUUAUUUGCAAGGUUCUAUUCUGCAUUGUUUGCAAUAUAGAUCACACAAAUAUAGGAGAGAUCCACUUUUAAUUAAAGGGGCGUGGCAUCUUUACUGUGUGCAUAUCAGCCUACAGCUGGGUGUCUUAUUUAUUCUAGGGUUCAGUUUCCCUUUAAGAAUACAAACAAUCUUAUGAAGUUCCUCUGCAAUACAGUAAAUAGUGUUUGUUGGACUUAACUCUGCCACUUUAUGAACACAAAUCAAAGCACUUGUAAUUUUGUUUGCAUUAUAGAUUUAAAUACAUUUCUUAUGUUUAGGAAAUGUUAAAUAUA